UACAAAUGUUUGCGGCACCAAGGCAAUGUACAUGUCCAAUAUUUUUUCUCUCUUUUCUUUUAAUAAAAGAUAAAAAGAAAGAUGCUUUUGCAACGACUACAAAAAGAUGCUUCUGCGAACGCUCUUAAGAUCUCGUGGUCGUGGAGGUCCAUUGAUUAUAACGAUAGUUAAAUAGUUCUUUCUUUUAUUAUGCAUAACCGCUUCACUUACGUAUUCUAUUUCCCUUUUUCAUUAUAUAUUUGUAUACAUAGUAUCUCUUUCACACUCACUAAGCCUUCAAAGUUGUAUCCUUAACAACUUUGCUACUUUGUUCACCAGUUUCCAUAAACAAACACUUGAAUUUCACAUCUUCUUAUAUCACUUAAUUUUUUUUCAUGGUCUCUAAAUUUUAAGUGGAGCACAAUGGAAAAGGUAUAGGAAUAUAAUUAAAGACGAAGACACGUUGGCUAGAUAAAUAAGCUCAUCCAACUACAAGGGAUAGUUAAUGGUUAGACUGGGUAUCAAAGUACAAUAUAGAAGUUGUGGGCGAAUUGGAGAUAUGUUGAAAGAAGUUAAAGCUAUAAGUAUAAUGCUGGUGGUCCAGUUUAUUUUCGCAGGAAUGUACAUUUUGUUUAAGCUAACGGUCGAUGAUGGUACAAAUCUCAGAAUCCUCGUGGCUUAUCGUCUCUCCUUCGCCACCAUUUCCAUGCUUCCCCUCGCCCUCAUCUUCCAGAGGGAUAAGCGGCCAGAAUUUACAUGGAGACUGCUCUUUCUAGCCUUUCUUUCGGGGAUGCUUGGAGCGGCGAUACCAAAUUUUCUCUAUUUGCCAGGACUUGCUCUUACAUCAGCUACCUUUUCGACUGCGGCCAGUAUCCUUGGUCCGUUGAUCACCUUGGUAUUGUCAGUCGCUUUUAGGAUAGAGACUCUUCGGCUGGGAACGAACGAAGGGAGGGCUAAGCUUGUGGGGACGUUGUUUGGUGCCGGUGGGGCUCUCGUAUUUGUAUUCUAUAAAGGUGUUGAGAUUCAUAUCUGGUCAACACACGUUGACUUACUUAAAAACUCGAACGCUGGUCAAUCUUCUGGCCAAGCCACUGAGAACCACCACAUCUCAAUUCCAGGAGUUCUUAUGGUUUUUGGAUGUAACGUUUCCUUCUCACUUUGGUUAAUAUUGCAGGCAAAAAUAGGCGAUCAACUUGGAGGAAGUUAUUGGAACGUAAGUCUGAUGAAUGCGAUGGGAAGUUUGGUUUGCAUGAUUGUUGCUCUCUGUUCAGAACGUAACUGGAAACAAUGGCGAUUAGGAUGGAACAUCAGCCUUCUUGCUACGGUUUAUUCGGGAGUCGUGGUCUCAGGAAUGGUCAUACCUCUUAUUGCUUGGUGCAUUAAAACAAAAGGACCGUUAUAUGUUACGAUGUUUAGCCCUAUAAGGCUUGUGAUCGUAGCCCUCGCCGGAUCAUUUGCUUUAGAGGAAACGCUUCAUUUGGGAAGUAUAAUUGGUGCAAUGAUAAUGGUGGGAGGUGUAUACCUAGUUAUAUGGUGUAAAAUGAAGGAAGCGAAGAGUGCCUCUGCUACAUUGGACCACAUUGAAACAAACAAGAAUAUCAAAGAAGUGAACCUUGGCAAUCUCUCAGCAAUAAAUAAUAGAGAUGACCCGUGAACCAACCAUAUAGCUGCAUCAUCAAAUAAAGUCCGUAGAAAUGGAAUAUAUAUGGACUACUAGAUGGAGAAUUUGGACAAUGUCUUUGAUUUUUCACCCUGACUUCAAUAUUAAAACACUAUCUAUAACUUGCUACUUAUAUCUCUUAAAAAGCUAUGUUCUAUGUUAUAUCGUGAAAAUUUCUGUCAACUAAUUCAAAUUGCUCAUGAUACAAAUAGAGUCCUAAGUGUCUAGCUAUUUUUAAUCGGCUUAAAUUUAAGAGCAUCAUUAACGAUAAAACUUUGUAGAACCUUCUUUCACAUGUAUUAUAUUGAUAUACUCCUAUAUAAUCUUUUUUAUUAAACUUUAAAACAAAAAGAACUUAACCAAUGAAACUGGAAAAGAACAAAUGAAAAGAGAGUAUCUCGAAAUUGGUUGAAAAUCUCUCGCUCAAAAAACAUUUCUUGUGAUUUUCUGUCUUUCUCAUUUUAUGUUACUUUACCUGUUUGCCCGUUUUUCUUCUCUUUUAUAGAAGACUUCCGACUUCUUUCAAUGAAUAUGUAGCUUUUGCUAUUUGUUCAUCUUGUCAUUUGGGAGUCGUCAGAUAAAAGCAAGGUCUUCUCUGAAUUUUCCUUAGAGACCAGUUCGAUUCGGUUCAUGGCAUGGCUCCUAUAGUGGAAUUGGAUUAGUGUGGUUUAGAGCCUUAAUAAGAGUGUCAUGUUUGGUCCUUCAAUAAUUUCAACUGUGGAUGUUGACGUUCCUUUAUGUCUUUUUAUCAUGUUUGGUUCUAAAUUGUAUUGUUAAGUUCUUAGCUUGUAUAUUUGUUUAUGGUUUUGGGGGACUUGCAGUUCAUCCGCCGACUUAAUCUCUAGGGGAGUUUUUUAUUCGGAUAGAUGUUUAUGGGGAUUGUGUGUGUUCGAUGGCUUUGUCAUUCUACCUUGUAAUGUUGUUAUGAUCAAGGAAAUUUACCAAAGAAAAAAUGAUUACUUUCCAUCUGUAGUAAAGUUCUCUAAUGUAAUUGUCAAAAAAGUCUAGUUAUAAAAAAAUUAUCAUUGUCUUCUUCCUAUGAUAGUUCAAAAUUUCAGGUUUACGACUAUGAUUACUUUCCAACAUGUAGUAAAGUUCUCUAAUGUUAUUAUGACCAGUGCAGUCCCAAUAUAUUUUGUGGCAUGAAGCAUAAUUAUAAAUAGUGGCCUAUGCUAUUUAAUAAUAUUUUUAUCAACAUACUAUAUAUUAUAUACAAUAUUUUAUUUUUAAGAGAAACAUAUUAUUGUUUAGUCCUGCAUAAAAAAUUUAGAUGAAUAGUAGACUAUUAAGUGAUAUUGUACCUAUAAUGUUUAGUGUUUUUAACAAAUAAUAAACACAUUUUAGUAGUUUCUUGAACCAUUUUUUUGUUAAAAGGUUUUAGAGAAAAAUAUUUUUGAACCAUUAUAUUCUAACAUUAGUUUCUUUCUCACAUACACAUUCAAUCACAUUACAUUCUUCUUUACUUUCUAUAAUUUCAUAUGCAAUGAUGGAGAUUAGAAAACACCCAAUAAUAACAAAUGGUUAUAAAUAGCAAAGAUAAUAGAAACAAAAGAAAUAACAAAUCAGGUGUCCAAAACAAAAGAUAAAUACAAUGUGAACAUAAUAUAAAAACAGAGACUUUAAUAGUUUAAGAAAAAUCACAAUACAGAAAAAAGAAUACUUAAACUAAGAAGUCAAAAACAAUAUUUUUAACCACUCAGCUAUAUUAAUAUUUUGAAAAUGUGGCCUCAAAAGUUAUACUUUUUUUGUGGCCUGAAACUCUUGCUUCAUCAGGCUUAUGGAAGGCACGGGCCUGAUUAUGACUAUGAUUACUCAAGUUAUGUGACACGUCAAUCCAUUGGCAUCUUAAUAGUCUAGUUAUAACACAUCAAAGGAGACUAAAAAUAAUUUUCAUGGUAACACGUAUGGAAGAUAGCAUAAACGUAAAUGAUUUACCUUUUAAAGCUUACUCUUUUAAUUUGCUUCUGCUUUAAUAAUAAGGGGAUGUUGGAAAUCGGAUCAAAUUUACUUUCCUGCAAACUAGAAGAUUCUUUUAGUACAAAAAUCGAUUCACAUAGUCUGCAUAAAAAAUAUUGUACUUGUCUAUUUAAAUUGACGAGUGAUCUAGGAAAUCCGCAUAAUAUUAAUUCUGAUAAGAUAAUUAUUUAUAUAUUUCUAAUUAUUUUUAGAAAAUAAAAUAGUUAUAUAUUUAUAAUUAAAAUUAAAUAAAUAUUUAUAAUUUUACAAAAUAUUUUUUAGAUUUUUUUUAUAGAAAUUGUGGAUUAUCAGGUAUCAACUGUUUAAGUUCGACACAGUUGGUUCCACAUAAAAUAAAUUUAAUCCGUAUCUUUAUUUGCAUCUCAAACAUUUUAAGUUGGUCAGCGUGCAUCUGCCUGCGGUAAAUUAAAUAGUAGGAUCUUACUAAUUAGUAUUCCUUUCUUUUUUUUGAUAUAAGUCGUUUUAGAGAAAUUUUUUUGUUUCAAAUUAUAUGUCGUUUUCGGUUUUCUAUGUAAAAUUUAUUACUAAUUAAUAUUGUCUGACCAAUGAUAAUAUAUCUUCUACUUUUUUAUUGGUUGAAUAGUGAUUAGGUAAAUAAUUAAUGAUGUUUUUGUUUAGAAAAUAUAAGAAAUAAAUAUUUUUCUUAAUUUAUGUGAAUAGUUGUAAAACGACUUAUAUUUAAAAAGGGAGGGAGUGUGACUCAAAUUUCCAACUGUAAUUAAUUGGUAUCGGUGAACCAUUAAUCUAAAAUAGUGGAAGAAAAUAAAAAGAAGUAGACACUUUUGCAGUAGUAUUAAAGGGAUCGAUAACGAUAGGAGAGGAAUAUGCGCGGCACAUGGACUAGCGGUCAAACCUGGCAACGGUGACAUUUCUAUAAACAUUCACAAAAGCUCACAUUAAAGGAGAGAGAAAGAGAAAGAAACCAGAAACAAUAACAAAGAAGAUCUAAAGAAAAAUAAGAAUGAUGAAAAAGCAAGUGACAAUAGUGGCGGCUCUUCUGAUCAUAAUGGCUUUUUCUUUCAACUUAGAUAUGGUUGCGGAGGCUCAGUUAGGCCCCGGAGACUGCUACGAUGGUUGCUCCACAGGCUGCGUCCAGCGCGACUCGAGAAAGAUGGCCCGAUGCGAUCGCAAGUGCUCCAUUCGGUGCGGCCCAGAUGCUAAAAAGGCAAGAAAGACUGGUGCAUAAAUCUUUAUAUCCACGAUGAUCCAAUUAGAUUCAAUGAUGUUGUAAUCUCCGUUUCAUAACUGUAUCGCUUCAAAACAUAUUUCCUAUUGUGUGUUGUUAUCGUAAUCAGUCAAUAAGGCAAUACAGCUACAAUGCUUGAUUUCACUUCUAGUACAAUAAUGUAUUAACAACUUUGAAAUGUAAUGAAAACCGGACCAACCGGUUUACUAAAA